CACGUCUGAAACCUUGGAAGCAUCAGCAACAAACAAACUAAUUAAGCAACACACACUUCAAUUUAUCAGCAUGGCCUCCGUUCAGUGCCACAAAACCUGCAAAGUGAGCUGCCAACAGGAAAACCAGCACGCCUCGUUUGGGCAGAAAGUUUCUGACUUGUUCAAAGGGCAUCAACAUAAUGACCACAGCUCCAAUUAUGCCACCCAAACCAAAGUGCUUUCCCAGUCAGGGUCAGGGUUAGGCCCCUUCACCACCAAAACUCAAACACAAUGCGGUUGCCCCCAAACACAUCUCAGUACCACUCAUGGCUCCAACACAAAAGGCCAUGGCCAUGGCCAAGGGAGAAUUAAGAGGGAGCACAAGAGAGGGAUGCUGCAGAACAUCAAGGAUCGCUUAUCAGGUGACACCAGCAGCGACAGCGAGAGCGACAACGAAACUUGCCACAAGAGGAAGGACUGAAAUUGAGCUUUGUGCUAAUAAUAAUAAUUGGAGUUCGAGAUCAGAAUUCGCAACUCAGUCUCAGAGAGGCCAAUAUAUAUAUGUGUGUGUGUGUGUGUGGGGUGAUUGUUGCUGUCCAGUUUUUUAAAAAAAAACCCUAAAAAAUUAUAGCAGAGAAGAUGCUAAGUAAAAGUACUUACUAAAUAAAAAUCAAUGUACUUUGGUUAUGGUGCAAGUCUGAGGAUUGAGACAUACAAAAAACAAAUGCAUCUACUAUGAUAUAAACUCGAGCUUCCUAUUAUAUGAAUAAAACUGUUUGGUUUGGUGUUAAAA